AUGGCAACUAUCCAUUUCAACAAGGCCCGAAAUCGAAUUCCUCGCAAAAGACGGGAAACCCAGAAGGUACGCGACGCGGGCCCCACACGUCCGCUUCCCCCGAAGGCUGCAUCGCCCACGCCUGAAAUGUCUUCGCCGCGGCGUCUAGCCGUGCUUUGCUCCCACCUCCGGCCCGACGGCCCGGCUCCGCCCGCCGAGGAAACUGUGGAGGGGGCGGGGGGCGUCUCAACGUCGACGUGCGCCAACGGAGUCGGGGGCGAUGGGGCCGGGGAUGGCGAUGCGGCCGACUGCGUGUUCUGCCGCAUCAUACGCGGCCAUGAGCCGGCGUAUAAGAAAAAUUGA